GUGAACAAGGAGAGGGAGCAAGUAGAAAUAAAGGAAGAAGCUGAGCCCGUAGCUUUUAACAUGCAACACAGCCGUGCAAUGAUAAUUAAUAAGCUCGCUAGACUAACUGUCUGAAAUAAGCCAUCGCUGGGAACAUUAAAAUGUCUAGGUUGGGGGAAUGGAGUUGACAUGUUCAGGUUGAAGAAGGAUAUCCGGGUGAAGGUGGAUUUGUUAUUGAGUUGCAGGGUAUGAGUGUGGAUAAUGGAGGAUGGUCAUAGUGGGGACUUGGACUACCUGAUCCAAGAUGACGACACUAUCAUCGAGGGUGUUAGCAACCAGGUGUUGUUUGUUGUGGUCGUCAGUUUCACCUUUCUGGCAGGCAUCCUCACUCUGCUCUGCAGACACGAGGAGCAAAAUAUUCAUCCUGAGAAUCAGGAACAUGUCCGAGCAGUCCGUCAACAGCUUCAAACUGAGCAGGAUGAAAAUCCGCAGGCAGAGGCCAGACAGCAGUAUUACACAGACAUGUCUUGCCCUGUGUGUUUACAACAGGCUGUGCUGCCUGUGGAGACCAACUGUGGACACCUUUUCUGUGGCUCUUGUGUUAUAGCUUACUGGCGGUAUGGCACCUGGCUGGGUGCAGUCAACUGCCCAAUCUGCAGACAAAUGGUAACUCUGCUCUUCCCAUUGUUUCACGAGCACGCUGCUCCUCAGAGGGUGCAGGAUGGCGAGGCAGAGCCUCAACUUAUUUUACGAGACAUCAAUGAUUAUAAUCGCAGAUUUUCUGGCCAACCAAGAUCUAUCAUGGAUAGGCUGCGCGACGUCCCCACCCUUCUCCGUCAUGCCUUCAGGGAGAUGUUUUCUUUGGGCGGACUUUUCUGGAUGUUCCGGAUUCGAAUUCUUCUCUGCCUCAUCGGUGCCAUUACCUACCUGGCCUCGCCACUCGACAUUCUCCCCGAAGCGCUUUUUGGCCUUCUGGGUUUCAUGGACGACUUCUUCGUGAUCCUCCUCCUGUUUGUGUACAUCUCCAUCAUGUACAGAGAAGUGGUUACGCAGAGACUGAACGGCUAGAAUAAGGAUGCUGUGGGAAAAUGGAAAUGAAUAUGUGACUUUGAUGUGUUUAGAAAAAAAGAAAAUAAAUGAAAUGUGAGGGGAGUUUGGUAAUAAAAUGGGGAUUUUUCUCUCAGGGCUUUGCUUUAAUUAAAUGGACUGUGAGGUUAGCAAAGCAUAGUGAAUGUUGAGUUUCGAUAUAAAAGUUCCCAUUAAAAUUCAAAGUUUAAAGGAGUUCAGGUUAAACAAGAGUUGAGAAUAAAUUAAAAUGUCUAAAUAAAGAAUUGCUUUAAGACUUGCACAUUUUUGACUAUACAGUUAUGUGGAUAUCAGCAUAAUAUGAUCAACUUUGCAAUGUAAUAACAUCCUAAAAUUCACAUAAUUAUCAAUCUACAUGUAACCUGUCCGUGUGGAUUCUCACUUUUAAGAAAAAUUGUUGAAUGACUAUUACCUAUUACACAUUACCUGUUUAAGCUGACUUGUCAAUACACUAAUCAGUAACUAUGCAUAUUUCAUGGUGACUUGAAAAAUGAUUGUUAAAUGGGUUGUAAAAAAAAAAUCUUUAUUUUUUUAAGUGGACAGUUUAGGAUUCGGUGAUCAAAUCCUGCUUCCUGCAUGCAGUCAGGUAAUGCUUAUUGCCGUCUUGCAUGAGUUUCUCUUUCUGUUAAACCCAUUGUAAAAAUUGAUUAUUGCAGACAGUUUUGAAUGUAAAUGAUCUAAAAAUGAAUGUGAAUUCAA